GACACGACUCCUCAGUUGACUGGCACUGUUGAUUGGCUAGUGAUAAUAAACUGAUAAAAGCCGGCGUCCAGGCAUUGAAAAAUUUUCAAUAUCCAAGUAAACGAAAUUUUCUUAGUUUUCUAUUGAGAUAAACGAGUGUUUCAUUUUCAUUUCAAUCAUUGGAUGUCCAUAAUUCUCGAAUUUUUGUACCAAAAAAAGAGCUACUCGUAGACCACACCAUCCUUUGGACAAGACUCCUGAAAAAGCAUGGAUUGCGAUUACGAAACCAGUUCAGAGGAUUCCUAUUCCGAUUCCGAAGACAAUUCAAUGUCAGAUAAAGAUUCCGAAAGUAAUUCAGAAUCGGAUUGCGAUUCCGAAGACAAUUCAAAAUCAGAUAGCGAUUCCGAAGACAAUUCAGAAUCGGAUUGCGAUCCCGAAAAGAAUUCAGAAUCAACAGUAAAACACCAAAAGAAGAAAAACUUGGUUAGAAGUCAGUAUUACGAUGUCAUGGUGAAAGUGGACGCAGAUGUGUAUUGUUUAAAUAAACUACGACUGGCCUGGAAAUCGGACUACUUCGAGAAAUUAUUUAUCGAGUAUUCUGACCGAAAAGAAUGUAGUUUGAUAGAGCUACCAGUAAUGGAUACAAAUACAUUCUCUGCUAUCGUAGAUAUAAUAUAUGGAAAGACGCUGAGUUCUGUUUUAAACCACAACAAUUACAUUACUUUGUUAAUGGCUUUGGAUUACUUUCAAAUGCAGAUCAAUCUGAAAGCUUACGCACGUUUCAUUAAAACAAAUUUGACCCCGGAUACGAAGAUAUUCAGACUAUACAACUUUAUUCGAGAGAAUCCAAAUUUGCACUGCUUGUUACCGUCAGUUCUGAAAUAUUUAUCUGUUCAUUUGAGCACAAUUAAAACUACUGACGAUUUUUUAUCUUUACCCUUUGAGUACAUCGUUCAGAUAGUUUUGGGCGGAAAGAACUACAAUGAAGAGGCCAAAAUGCUUAAAAUUAGUCAAAUGUGCUCGAAAUGGAUUUGCUAUGAUUUGCAAAACAGACUUCCUCAUGUAGCAAAGCUCGUAAAUGCUGCUAAACGAAGAUUUAAUUAUCUAAACGAAAUAAUGGAUGAAGAUUUCAACUCGAUGUUAUCUAAUACUACCGGACAAGUUGAUGUGGAAAUGAUGACAAAAAUUUUCUACAAAUUUUUGGUGUGCGAUGGAGAAAUGGAUCUGGCUCGCCAGAAGUUACUGCAAGAUGAAAACAACCCAGUUUCGAUGCCGUCUUCUAAUAAAGAAAACAAACGAAAAAAGUUGACAAAACUGUUGGAAAAUGGUUAUUUCCACGAUAUCGUCGUAACUGUCGGAGAAAAAACUUACAAACUUCAUAAAUUUAAGUUGAAUCGAGCGUCGGGCUAUUUCGCUGAAAUUGCUUCCACCAAGCAGUCCAACGCAGACGCUCAAUGUACAGAAGCACCCACCCAGCAGCAGCAACCGAAUAUAAAUGAGUAUGUAAUUCGUGAUGUUGAUCAAACGACGUUUGACAUAAUCAUCGAGUAUAUCUAUUUCCGUGGUGAAUUGCCUUUGACAACUGAAACCGUGACUCGUGUAUUGAGAGCUGCCAAUAUUUUAAAAAUGAGAAAAUUAUUCGAUCGAUGUUUACGUUGGAUGCAAAAUAAUAUUGAACGAACUUGCGCGGAAGUUUUAAUCAUCGACGAAUGCAUUUCUAGGUCGUGGAUACGGAGCAAUAUUAAAGAAAUUUUUUCGAAAAUUUUGACCGAACCUGAAAUAGACAACACGUCGCUAAUCUUUUCAAUUUCUUUCGAUAUGCUGGAGAGUUUACUUUUGUCAUCGUCGCAUUGCUGCGAUAAUCCGCAUAAAAUUGUGGACAUAUGUUCGAAAUGGAUUAUGCACGAUGUAGAAAAUCGAUAUCAUCUGGUACCACAAAUCGCCCUUGCUAUUAAUCGCAAUCGCAAUCAUUAUGAAACGGAUGCAUCUACGAGUACGUGUUUAAACAACUGCACAGAGGAAUCGAUUCGCGAUGAAUUAUGGAAAAUCUUGCAUUCCACUGUGUUAGUUCCUUCCACUGAGAAAAAGCCAGAAAACAGUAGGAAACGUCGUAGGAAGAAAUUACACGAUACACCUGUGUUUGUCGCAUUGACCUGGGAAAAGUCAACAAUUCAUGUUUUGAACGCUGAUUUAGAACAAAUCGCAUCAUUGAGUGUUUCAAAUUCGGAAAAGUCCGGUGACUCAAAUUACCUUUGUGUUGCUGCCACUUUAGUGGAUGAUAAUUUAUUUAUUGCUUUAUCUUUGGAUCAAAGGUGUUUUGUGUUUCAUGUAUAUAACUUAUCGUUGAAAAAAUUUGUCUCUUUGAAUAGGUACGUAGCAGUGAAAAAUGUGAGUUCUUUCACUAAGUUCUGGUUGUUGAAUUGUUGCGGCCAAGUUUACUGUUGUUUUGAACAAGGCCACGUAUUGAAAUACUCGAUCGAAUUAAACCGUUGGAUGAUGUUUUCGAAGAAGCCGGUAUUUCCUGAUAAAAUCCCGAAACAUAGUGAACAAGUAUGGUUUACAAGUUACGACGAUAAAUUGUACAGGUUGUACCCUGAAGCAGUUUCUGAGGUACGUUAUCCGCGCGCGAAUUUAAAAUAUGCUGUGGACGAAUUCAAUUUUCAACAAAAUGUGUGGUUGUCAUUGUCAGAUUUGUCAUUUAUACGUGACUCCUACGAGAUACAAAAUUUUACCAUCCUCGAUGAUGGUAAAUUUAUUGUGAUGGGUAGAUUGAACUUCAUGUCAUUUAAAUUUGACCGAAGACGAAAUUCAAGAAUGUGGCGCGAGUUUUCCCUGCCAAACAAUAUCAUUCUUUAUGAUGGUUUUAAGAAAUGUUAUGACUUGAUACGAUAUGAAGGCAAAGUGCUGCAUGUAUUCGGCAACAAACUGUAUCAUUGGUCCCAAAGAAAUGGUACCUGGGAUUUGAAGAAAGAACUUCCAUCGAGAAUUAAAUCUGUUCCAUCCAAUCGUAGAAAAAAUCCUGGCCCUUAUAAGUGUGUUAGUGCUAUUCAUAAGCACAAUGUUGGCACCGUUACCGUUUAAUGUGAUGCGUGUAAUUUUGUACAGCUUCUGUUCGAUUUUUGUUUUUCUUAUUAACAAUAUUGUGACAAGACUGAUGUACUUACUUAAUUGUAGUUAAUCAUUUUUAUCGUUACUCGUUCGUAAGAUUUUGGAAAUAAAUUGUCAAAGAGAUUUGCCA